GAAAAAAGAGAAGUGCAACAGAUUUAAUAAGCACUUCAUUAAUAAUUCCUGAUAAUGAAGUACCUUUGCAAGCUGAUGGUUCAUUAGAUAUCCUUGAACUCAAAGCAUCUACGAAUAGACAAUAUACAAAAGUUCCUAGGGAAAGUGUCUAUGAUGCAGAUGAACUGAUACUAUAUAAUUGGUUAGCAAAG